AUGCCUGUAACUAAUCAGCCGGAUUUGCGUGAAUGGGAGGACGGCCUUUGUGACUGCACAAACGACGUCAAGAAUUGUAAGUUUUUCAGGCAAAUAUAAACAUUUCACUGGAUUCUAUUCAUCUGGGUCCCCACAUAUUUUGUUCAGCAGUUCUCGGAAUUUGUUUAUGCAGUUAAUUGCAUGUGGAAAAAGGAGAUUUUACUGGCUGUUGUAGACAAUAUCUUCAAGAAAUUUUCGCAAAGAUAUUUCGCACCGAGUGUGCGUGAAAAUGUACCUCACCUGAGUGUUGACAUAGGCGUUUAGUGUAAAUAUUCAUCUUCCGGAUGUCCUUGUGCUAGCUUGCAAUUCUCAUAGGGUAACAGUUGUCUUGAAUAAAUACCGAUUCCAAUCAAUAAGAGGAGAAUGAAAUAGGAAGGAUUCGCCAUAGGAUAAAGAAAUAAGGAUUGGAUGGAAGGAGAUGACCCCUCAAUCUGAAAGUCCUUGUAUUUCAUCGUUCAAAUAUUCUACUUGUAGUGAAGACAUGAGGCUUUCUGGAACAUCUUCAGCUAUGUUUAGUCAGAAACUGAUCAAUGUCUGUAAAUUGCAUCUUCUUCUACUUCUAUCCGUUCUAGGCAUGCUGACUGCCUUCUGCCUUCCCUGCAUGGUCUGCUAUGAAUAUAAGCUGCAAGAUGAGGGUUGUGCAGCUCCGCUGUGUGUACUGCACCCAGUCCUCGUGUUGGCUUCGCAUUAUCGCGGCAAACAAAAUAUCGAGGUAUGCUUACUCCCUGUUUAUUUGGCCUAUUCUUUGUCGCAGCAUUCUGAUAUCAUUUAAAUCGGUUUUCAGCAAUAGCUCAGCCUGAUUUAUAUGACUGUGGCAUAGGGAAUAAUUCUGUGAUUCAGACUAACACUCGACUUGUGUGUGAUUGUAACCUCGAAAUGGGCCACAUCCUGGACGAUUUCGCAAGUCUUCCUUAAAUCCCAUGCGUCAAUUUUUGUGUGAUUGUCCUGCAUGCCUACCCAGUUUAUAUAGGUACUUUUACAGCCGUCUCUACCCCUCCUCGUCAUUGAUAUUUCGGUAAUGUUUACUGUUUCCAUGAAAUAAUCGUGUCUGUUUUGAUUUCUCUGCACGACACUCGCACACUCACACAGGGAAGUCUCAUAAAGGACUGCUGUGUCAGCACCUUCUGCAUGCACUGCAAGCUCUGUCAAAUUCACCGGGACUACGAGGCCAACUAGUUUUGGGGGAAGCGGAUGAAGCCGGCUAGCAUCGUCCCUGCCUCCACUCUGACAACGCAUUAAUGUGGACCAACGAAAGCCUAACUCGCACCGUCCUCCACCCUGCCGACUGCCAGUCUUUCAUAUUAUUUUUGUACAUACCGUUUCAAUUACAAUUUUGCCAAGACCACAAUUCACUCUGGUCUCAUUUUUGUCUCUUCCAAAGAAGCUAUCUCUAGUUAUGUGAACCGUCAUGGUACUUCUGUAUUUCCACAGUGAACGCUAUUGCCUGCGUAGUGUUUCGUUUUCACGACCAGCAAUCCCUUGAGAAAUGAGAUCUGCUCUCCUUCCUUUCAGAGACGAAGCUGUUGCGUAAUCGUCGGUAUCAGAUGCAUCGACGGGUCCAAAUAUUUACGUGUACAUUCACGUCACCACUGUCCACAUCCUAUGCUGUGUAUGUUUGAAAUGGAUAUCUAGUUUUCCCAAAAGGCAUUUAUGGCAGCCAGUGUUCUUAACUUGACCUUCGAGGAGUCAGAAGGGUAAUUGUUGAGGUAACCAUCAUAGGGGACAUGCAUUUAAUGUCCACAUGAGGUUGUAGAAGCCUCACAGAAGGCUACAAUUAAAAGCGCACGAACAUUUGCAGAAUUGGUUUUAGUUACCCACCCGUGUUACUUCAAAGCCCGUCAUUGCGGUAUGCGUAAGAUUGCAUUCUCCGGGCUCUGUCGGUCGCUGCGUCCAAUACUGUCUACAGAUUGCUGACGAGAUCCUAAAAGCAGACUGGUGCGUGAAUAGUUAUUUAGAAUAUAGCCACCAUCAAAAGUCCCUAUCAGUUGGAUUCUUUUUAAUUGCAAAUAAUACAUAGUCCUUAGCCGACAAUCUGCCAUCUCCGACGAUGUCGGCAUAAACGGAAUCCCUCAGACGCAAUUGGACUCUGGCAUGCAUCUCUCGAAUUCCUCCUAAAUAAAAUCACGUUUAGCGCCUUCUUCACUGACAUUUGAAAUUCAAUAUUUAUUUCCUGUCAUUCGCAUUUUCGGAAUCAAUCAACACGAUAGCGUUGUUGAGGAGGCACUUUAAAUACAGUACAUUUUGUUCUGUGAUUACCUGAUCAUCCGCUGUCAGAGCGCUCAUGUAGGCUCUCCUAACACAGAUGAAGUUUAAAAAGUACCAGCGUUAGUUAAGUAUUAACGCAAUCUGUUGUACUGAAAAAUCACUCGACGGUGGAUAAUGAGUAUUUACUAUGACUAACAUAUUUCUAACACUCUUGAUAAUAAUAAAAGUAUUAGAUUUGUAUGUUUGGAAGCUUAACUUUUCAGGAAUCCAUCAUGUAAUUAAAUUUCCAAGGGGGCAGAGGGUCAUUAUGUUGUACUCGAAUUCAACAGCGCAAACAAGCAGUGCGUCCAUUUUAAUAAGAUUAAACUUUAAUGGAUUGCUUAGCUUUCGACCAAUCCUGAAAACGAAUGAUUGAAACAAAUCCCACAGAUUGAGCAUAAGGGUUUUUUGCGAAUUAAUGUGACCAAAGGGCGUAAUAGUUAGAGAAUGCUUUACAUGCUUGUAACCCGUCCAUCUGACAGUUGUACCAUUUUUGAAACUUCAACUCAAAUAUACAAGAGCCGUUUCAUAUUCUGCCAUUCGCAUUUCUCAACCCCAGAUAAAGAGAGCGUGCAAAUCAGAAUUUACUGUUUCCAAAUCAAUGCACAUCUGUAAUAUCUGUAUUGUUUACAAAAUGUCGAGAGAGCAAAAGUACAUAGCAAUCAAAGAAUUUGACCAGUUAAUGAAACGUUUUCCUCAUCGUUUCCAUAUCCCAUUCCCAUCUGAAAAAAUUUGGAAACUCCUUGAACAGAAGAGACACACAAUGCGAGUUCGGGAAACUUGUAGGAAAGUCUCAUUGAACCAUUCUGAAAUCUGUGCGAAUGCUGCCAGCUACUUACUAAUCACAGCCUAGAUGUGGGUAUUCACUGUGCCAGGAAUCUGUGGCCUCUCUCGACUCCUGUCUGAUUCACUUUCUCAUGUUAGCGGGCUCCGGUCGGAGAAGAGAAAAGAGCGCGCAAGUACAGCGCAAGGCUGGCAUAAUUUUAAAUGAAUUUACGCGCAAGUAACCAUUAAUGCUUUCAACCUUCUAUGUAGCAUGUGGUGGACAUCGACAAACACGACGUACAUAUGACAAAUAUCAUCUCACAGAACGUGUACCUCAUUUUAUAGGAGAGUAUGGCAAUGGAAGUCCAAAUUCUGCAAAAUCUCAUCGAGGAUUGUCACGGCAUUGCAAAUGUGCGAUUGGUUUGAAUGCUCCCACGGACUGUUUUCUAGUCCAUUCAAGUACUUUAACUGCGUUAGAAGUUGUAGAUGCCGCGACCAGGUCGUUUUUGUGACAAUUCAUCAAAAUAUUCCUUUUUACAAAUUUACCAAUUAAUGAAUAAUACUGUUUAUUUAAGUUUUUCUUUAUGUUUUUUACAUUGAAUUUCAUGUGGUUUACACGGUGUUCCUGUUUUAAUGAGACUGCUGCCAAGAUAUGGUGCACGAGCUUGUUUGCUUUGGAGACGUGCACAAAGUGCCAACAUGUGCGUCCAUGUAUAUACCUAGAACUCUGGGAAUGUUCGAUGCUAAUACCUGUUGUGGACUUCAGUUGCCCAUCUGAGUGAGUUUUCCUUUGGAGGCAGAGUAAUUUACUCUAGAGAGUUUUAAUAAAUAGAGGUUGCCGGACUUGAAAAUAAUUUUUUUUUCCUAUGGGAACCGUGGUAAUCGACCUCCUAAAACAAAGGUCAUUUCAAGCAUACCAGAUGUUUUGUCGAUUUAUAGAAUUCAGAUUAGCCGCUCAAUGCGAUUUUGUGCCCUAAAUUGCAAUAAUAACGCACACAGGCAAUCCUUCAUUUAAAUGAGCUUAAAAUGUUUUGCCGUUUGGAAAAUCCUACCUGUUGUCACAGGAACGAAAAUCACCGAACUACCACUUUCAACUUUGAAUAUACUAAAUAUUACUUUUUGCGCAGUCUGGAUUCUGCGCGUGCCUAAUUCAGAAAUGAAACAAGCAAAACGCCAAAAUCUUAAUUAAAACAGCAAAAACAGUUCAAAUGUCCGCAAUAUGAAGAAGAAGGUGUGUUCUUAUUUUUGCGGUCGGAAAGUACCAAUAUCGUUUAGCAAAGUGGAGAAAACGGCCGAAAGUCUUAAAUUUUUUUGGCCUCACUAUGCAAAAAAACUAAGCACUUAGACAACCGCCAACGGAAUGCAGUAUAAAAGCACUCCUCAUAGAGGUAAUUUGUUAAAAAACGGUUUUUGGUUGGUUUUUUGGCAUAUUUAUUGUUGAAUUUUGUUGUGGACGUCAGUUUUUCUCGAUGAUAAGAGUUCCUAUUUGUUUGAGUCCUUACAUGUGACCCGGAUAACGUUCUUAACAAAAACGAUAUCCCAAACACUCGCUAUUUCAGCAAAUGCCUCCAGUGUUUAACAGACACAUAAUACUAAAUCUGUCCUUGUGCGCGAUUGGAUUAAAAUAUUGAAAAUCAUGAAAUAUUCAUCGACAAUUUAAGGCCGAUCUGACACUCAACCUAAUCCUGAACGAACGAAAAGUGCAAAUUAAUUUAACGGAGGAAAUGUUUUCCUUUCAAACGCAAAAUGGUAUGCUUACGAUAACACACGCCAAUUCUAUUCAAAAUUAUUUGACACUAUUGACCUUAUAAAAACUUUUGUUCCUAUGAUGUCCCUGUCGAUGAAAUCAAGCAAAAUCUUGCUUUUCUCGUUGGAGCACAAAUUCUCGGGAAACUGUUAUGGAAUCUAUACUCAGAAUGUAGGCUGUUGGCAAGACGUCAUACCUAGAAUUACACAAAUUCUAAAAGGAUAUUUAGAUGUAAACUUCACUAAAACAUUAUUUUUAACUGUUAUAGUAUUUGUGCUUUCAUAUUCCCUCAGGUUUUCAUGUGCAGACGUUUCAAAAAUUUAAAAAUGAAGCUUACUAAACUGCAACCAUUUGGACGUUUUCGGGAUUUUGCGUUUUCUAAAAUAAUUGGUAUUUCUCAACAACGAAAAAUUGUCGUUAUUAUUUGUUUUAUGCUUUAAAUUCUCUUCAAGCUGUGCCUUAUUAACAUAGAUAUUUGGUCCACGGAUUGGUGACGGUAUGCAAGUGAUUAGCAGUCAUUCGUAAAUUUCGACAAAUUUCAUGAGUUAGGUUACCCACUGUAUGUGUGAGGAAGUAUCCACUACACGCAAGCCCAAAAAACCAAGACGACGAACGCCACAUCCCAUCUAAAUCCGCUUGGAAGGUUAGAGCCAAAGUCUCCUGACUUUCACCAGGUGUCCUGGUUUUGUCUUGGGUGUGCCAAUUCCACAAAAUAUUAUGUCCCCUAAUUUUACAUAUACCUAUGGAAAAAUUUUAGAUGUAGCAUUGCCAAAAAGAGAUCAGUUUUGUACGCAUUAAUUACAUUUUCGAUUAUGUAUCCUCUGUUGACUGCGAGCUCCGUAAAUGCUGCUGGGAACCUAAGCCAGCCUGUCUAAGCCUGAAGACCGAGCUCUUCUACCUCGUUCACAUGCCGUCUUCGUAAGUGUCCUUAACUCCGCAGCAACUACGCGAUCCGCUGCUAAUUUAUUUACAACUGUGUUCCGUAAUCGAAGCUGAUGCUUGCUGCUUGCUUUAGAGAGAGGCGUAAUUGACUAAAGCUAGCCGUACUUCUCUGUGGCAUGAAAGAUCUGCACCACUGGAUACUCGCAUCAAACAGAAAACUAGGGAAGUGCCGAAGUGCUAUUUCGCCUAGAAACAAACUUAUUGAUGUACAUUUUCUUUUGGAGUGAUGUUCAUCACAUAAGAGCCUAUGACAGGGCAUGCUACCACAUCCGUCUCCCCUAAACUCACAACCCCCACCCUCCCCCCCCCCAAAAAAAAUAAAAUAAAUGGCAGUAGUUGCGACAGGCGCGGUCUGUUCCCAGCCAAAGUAACGGCUUUUGCGACCCCAAAUAGUGUCGUCCAGAUAUCGUACCCUCAACUAAGGUUUAACCAAUGGAAGGGUUUCCGAUUCUAGUUUCUCCAUUUUCGCCUCGGCAAGAAAGCCGGAUAUCGGUGAUCCCACUGGAACUCCUUUUAGUUGUUGAUAAUAUUUGUGAUCGAAUUAAAAAUUGGUUUCCAAACAAAGCUCUAUGUGUCCAAGUAAGGCAGCUACAGAAACAUCCAUGUCAUAGGACUUUAGGAGCUCAACUGUGCAUUGAUUUAGGAAAUCUAGCGCAAUGGAUGGGAAUAAAGAAACGACAUCAAAGGAGACCAUUAUCUCAUCGGCGGAAAUUGUGAUUCCUUUUAAUGUCUCUACAAAUUUCAUAUAUCUACAGGAGGUUGAUUAAGCAGUGACUAGAUCUUGUCUGGCAUAGGUCAACAGGCAGUUCAGUUCUGUCUGCCACUGAGUUCAAUUCCGUCACCAAGUGGAUAACUGACUCCGAAAGCCGACUGGUGCGCAUAGAGGUUUUUCAGAGUGUGGACGCCUGAACAUUCAACAAGCACUUACCUGUGCACCAAUCCGAGGACGUAUGUAGCCAUUUACUCUCGCCGACGCCUGCACCAACAGAUUCCCUCAACCCGAAUCCAACUCUGACCUGGACAUCCUGCAUUCCCUCUUGAACUUAACUAAGGCUAGACAUUAGUUAUCCAGCGAUCUCUUCCAGUGUCUGCUGAUGGCGUGACCGUCGACUGAUGAAUAACCUGGCCUCUCUGUUACAUAAAAUUUUAAGACAAAUGCACGUUCAUAAGGUCUGUAGUCGUAAUCAUCGUCCACAUAUCAAGCGCAACGGAAACCGACAACAAGGAGACAAUCACAGAGACAUCUCGCUACUCAAUAUUUCUCGCGCCCACCUCAACAGUCUUAGCACGCAGCAGCGUUAAUUUUGCAGAAGCUCUAGAAUAUUUUAAAAUGUACUCUUCUACACUUCUUGUUAUUCGAUAGUUUUUAAUAGUUUCAAUUGCCUCGAAGGUUACUCCCGUUCUAAAAAUAAUGCUGCCAAUAUUACGCUUGAACAUGCUUGCUUCUGGAACAUGCAAAGAUUGCCAACAAGUGGAUCUAUGUUCAUACUUACAAAUAUUUCCGACAGAAACCCUAAAAUGCAUAAUAGUUUGAGAUUAAAUUUGGUUUUCGCAUGACACACCUGAUUGGGAAUCGAGCUCGUCUGCGUAGGCAAUCAUGAAUCACGUGCAAAAUCGUGAAAAACUCUUGAAUACUGCCCAACUACCCAGAUGAAAUUCACGGAUUAGAAAACAAAUCUUGCAACAGUUUUCCAACUGAGCAUCUGGUAAUACACUCUGAAGCGUUUACUUCAAGGCAGGGCAUUAAGAUUUGUGCAGGCUAAAAGUUAAACAUUCACAUUUGGGGAAUUCAUCCAAGUAGAGCAUGGAUAACGCUUGACAAUCCACCGAUACGUGGAGCCCUACGCAGCUGACCCAUAUGACGGCAACAAUUCGGCGCACUGCCAGAUUGGACCUUUAAUUAGUACCCUGCUGUCUCUAUGGCAAAUUAUGUUUACUGAGAUCCACUUGUGUGGAGGAGUAAUCAUUGCAUUCGAACCUUGGAAAAGCCUUGAUGCAAAUUCCAGGUUCUAUUUAAAGCCGCUUUCAAGGUCAUGGCCAAGGUCCACUGAUUCUCGCCACAUGCCGCUGGUUGAUGUUAGGUGAUUCAAUACCACCCAAGUUCUAUUCGAACAUUCUUCGCUCAGCUAUUUCUGUGGUGUAAGUAAAAUAGGAUUUGGGUGUAAUUUAAAGUACUUAUUUUUCCAAUUAUACACAAAUGCUUACCCAUUUUGAAGUACGACAAGAGCAUCAGUUUAUUAUUUUGUGUCAGAAGCCGAAUAAAAUGCCUAGAGAAGGCUGCGAAAUAACAGUACCUAGCGUUAGUCAUGAAAUGGCCCCUACCUGCCAGCCAACUCUAAGCACUCGAGAAACGUUACAACGGCAUCCAGUAAUCCUCCCAUUUAAUGAUGAGCGGAUUACAUUGAGUUAAAAACAAAAAGACAUUAAAAUUGAUUAUCUGGUAGUUCUCCUUUAGUUAGUUCGUCUACUAGCGUCAUGUGUUGGUGCAGAUUGCGACAUAGCUUGCCAAUCUUCACUGCAAGUCGAUUCACUUCAAGUCGAUUCUCAGCAUAGAUCUUCAACGUUGUGCUUGAGAUAAGCGUUCGGUUCUUACGAAGCGCCCUCUAAUAUUCCCCUGGAUACGCAUCUUUUACAGUGUAUUUUUAGUGUGUGAUGAAAUAUGAAACAACGUACCCUUCAGCAAGGCGGGGUUUCUAACGUAGGAACUCAUUACGUACCUCGAACACCGAGGGGUCCUUGGAUUGUUUAAAAGUGAGGACGCUGAGGGCUUACUGAUGAACAAUUGACAAUCGAUUCAAUGAAAUGAAAAAAAUCGACCGCCGUCGCGGUGUCAUUAAGCCAAGGCCUAAGUCACAGGCGUAGCAAGCGGUUAACAGGAAGGUGGUUUGGUUCGCUGUCGCUGCGCUACGUAGAAUGUCCGACCAGCGUAAAUAUCUUCGAUUUACCUCCAUCUAUUUUCGUUUGUAUGCCGAUACUGUAUCAGGAAUUUGACUUCUUCCGCAUUUUAUGCGACAAGAGCCUUAGAACGCGGUUGUGAUACGAUCUCAGAAGUUAGGACUGAUCGCUACAUCAGAUUCCCACUUGAGGUGAUGCUGACGGUCGGAGAAAAUUAUACAAGAUGCAAAUAGCGGAAGAGAGAAAAGUGUGCUUUAAUUUGAAGGCAUCGUCGCAAACUUUUCACCAAAUAUGUCCCCAGUUCACCGUGAUCGGAUCAAAAAUUCAUUGAUGAUGUCAUGGUUAUGUCAGAAUCCACGGCGUAUCGGACAGACAGGAUUUACAGCAAUAGACAUUCUAUUUUGUCAAGUCCGGGAGGAGAAAAUCCCUGCUUGCAUCUGUAAAUUUCCAGUAAAAUUAAACUGAUAUUUCUGAUUGGUGAACUGAAGCACAACGGUCAUAUUCUUACACAUUUUCACGUCACGAAGAACGCAUGCACACCGAAGACUGUAGUGUGUAUUUUUUACAAUGGACAGUCAACCAACUAUCUUCAGGUUUUUAUUAUGCUCAGAGGAUACUGCCAGGUAUUUUAUUAAUAUUGCCAUAAUUCCUCUACCUCUUUCACAAGCCGUUUUCGUAAGUGUCCUCAGCGCCGCAGCAACUAAGCGAUCCGCUGCUAACUGAUUCAUAAAUGUGCUCGGUAAUCGAAGCUGAUGCUUGUUGCCUGCUUUAGAGAGAGGCGGAAUUGACUAAAGCCAGUCGUAGUUCUCUGUGGUAUGGAAGAUCUGCGCCAUUGGAUGCUCGCAUCAAACAGAAAGCUAGGGAAGUGCCGAAGUGCUAUUUCGCCUGGAAACAAACGUGCUGACGUGCAUUUUUGUUUGGAGUGAUGUACAUCACAUAACAGAUAACUAUAUUAGGUAAAUAUUUGACGUUGGUUAUUCAGGUCGUCUUCAGACUUGAGCAAAUGUGCUAAUAACAAUUAACAUUCUAAACGUGUUUUAAUAUCGAUAUUCAUUUGGCGUUUGCGCCGGUAAAAUGCCGCCGUGUGCGUUAUUAAGAAGUGAUUGGAUCUCUACGCAUCCACGUUUCCCUUGAUAGUUGUACGUGGAAUCUAACUCAAUGUGUCGAUUGAUGCAAACAACGACGAUGUAAGUUCUGUUCCAUGCGAAUGUGUGUCCAGGGUCUAGAGUGUACAUGGCCAGUUGAGUCAGGUGGUCUCGCAUUUAAAAUGCCAGUUGAUGUUCAUGGAUGCGUGUGGAGGCAGACAUUCUCGUCUGGCCGCAAUGUACAGCAUCACAGGCAUCGCAUGGAAUCUCAUAUACGACUACUUUCUUAUCAAGAUAUCCAAGCCUGUCCUCAGUGUAUACAGGCUGAGUGUGUAAAAUAGUCGUCGCCCUGUGAGCCGCUUUUAUUUGGUGUUUCCUCAAGUGUCUUUCAACGAGUUCAGACACAUUCUUAAUGUAAGGAAGGAUCCAACAGUUACUGACUUUCGGCGUUAGAUCGGAACUAUCUAGUUCUUUUGUUUUUAUCUCUUACUGUUUCAUUCAUCGAUGUACGAAAUCCCUAGGAUAACCGUUUUGUGGAUAUAAUUCAAACAGGUAAUUUAGCUCAACCUUGAAACGAUGCCUUCAAAAUAAAGCGCAUUUUUCUCUUUUCCUCUAUUUCCCUCUAAUUGAAUUUUCUCCGACUGUCAGCAUCACCUCAAGUGGGGAUCUGAUGUUGUAAUCAGUCCUAACUUCUCAGGUCGUAUCACAAGCGCGUUUUAAGGCACUUGUCGCAUUAAGUAUGGAAGAGGUCAAAUUCUCGAUACAGUAUCGGCAUACAAACGAAAAGAGACGAAGGUAAAUCGAAUAUAUUUACGCAGUCUACGUGGCGUAACGACAACGAACCAAGGCACCUUCCCGUUGACCGCUUGCUCAGCGUAUGACUAAGCCCUCGGCUCGCCGACACCGCGACGACAGGUGACUUUUUUAAUUUCGUUGAAUCGAUUAUCACUUGUUCAUCAAUAAGCCCACAAAGGAGAUAGAAAUAUUUCAAAUCAUGAAUGUACAAUUAAAUCGAUGUCCGAAAUAUAAGGUCUUUGUAGGCAUUGGACAGCAAUGGGAAUUUUAUUUUUCAAGUCCGGGAGCAGAAAAUUUAGAAGUAAUUUAAAGUACAUACUUAUCCAUUUUCAAAGCAUGAAAAGCGCAUCAGUUUAUUAUUUUGUGUCAGAAAUCGAAUAAAAUGCUUAGAGUAGGCUGCGAAAUUACAGCACCUAGCGUUAGUCAUGAAAUGGCCCCUACCUGCCAGUUAACUCUAAGCACUCGAGGAACGUUACAAAUGCAUCCAGUCAUUCUCCCAGUUAAUUAUGAGCGGAUUACAUUGAGUUGAAAACUAAAAGACAUAACAUUUAUUUUAUUGUAGUUAAGAAGGACAGUUUACAUUGAAGACAAACACGAACAACACGUCACAAUCCUGUCCACCUUACGCUUUGAUUUAGAUAUCAGAGGCAUGUUGAUCUUGCCCACGCACCUGAGUAAAUGAAACAGUAAGGGACUAACUGGCAACGCUAUAAUACCUUUCAAAAUUCACUGUAACACGAUGUGUUACCAUUAAGCAUCUGCCAACAAUUCGAUUAUGGAAAAUUUGCUACAUUUCCCAUAUUGCGGAAUCUUCGCUUUUUGAAAUACGACAUAAUUUGAAUAUACAAACGCGACAUCUUAAAGUCUAUAAAUAUCUGAGUACUUCUGACUCACAUAUUUCACGCUCCAUUGUGUGCAUUGGAAAUAUUUAAAAAUAUUGCAGUUUGUUUAUGUAGAGUGUAAGCAUUCCGGACCGUAAUGCUAACUUAUAUGCCGAGGAGGUAAAAGGGUAAUGAUGCCCUUCCAAGUGCCUCGCAAAGCGCUGCAAACGAGCAGUGCCUUAAUUAUUGCAAGGCCGUGUUUUGUUGGACAGCUUAACCUCUGCGAAAUCCUAAAAACCGCUGAAUAUGUUUAGCAAAACUAAAAAAUGCUCGUACUCUAUCCACUAUUUUUGCUCACCGAAGACUUGGCACUCAAAAAUCUACAUUCCUUCUAUCUGUUUUGUCAAGUCCGGGAGAAGUAAAUUUCUGCUUGCAUUUCCAUACAAUUCUGUUCCUGUAAAAUUAAACUGAUAUUUCUCGUUGCUGAACUGUAGCACAGCCGUCAUAUUUAGCUGCUGUUAGUAGGUAGCUACCUCUUGAAUUUUCGGGUGGAAACUCUCGUCUGUCUUCCUUCUAAAUGGAGUAAAUUUAAUGUUGUGCAUGUCCGCUGUUACUAGUAGAGUUCAUUUAAGUCUGACAGAAGGAGAAGUGUCCUGGAUUGCCCAUCACUUCGUAGGAUUAUUCGGCGUGCAUUCGCUAACCCUCGAUAAAGUUUCUUUGGAUCCGCACAUUUACAAUGCAUGAUCGACCUCAAAAAAUGUUGACCGAUAUUCGGAAACACGUUUUCGAUUAGGAAGGACUACUUAGGUGGUUUUGUAAUAUUUAUUAGCAUGCGGCAUAAUCCUAUAACAUUUCGGACUCGCCAGGAUGUUGGCUCUUGAGAGAGAGAGAGGAAUGCGCUUUAUUUUGAAAUCAUACGUUCAAAAUUUUCAGCAAAAAGUUGGCUCCAUUCACUAUGGGCAGUAAAUAAGUUAAUAGAUUGCAUUCUUUUUUGACCUCCUGCAGAAACCGUACUCAGCAAAAAAUGACUACUUGUGUAGCAUGCAUAUUUCCUGUGGAUUUUCGAUGGUCUUUUAUAUUCACAUAUAUUUUGCAGAAAACGUGCAUAAAACUAAACCUUUUACUCGUUCCGUAGGAAAUCACAUUGUCCUCAUAUUGUAUACCCAAAGGAACUGUAUAUUUAGGAUUCCAAAUAGGUUCAGAAUAAUUUUUAGUCUGAUUUGUCUUUGCAUUAGCAUUAAGCGAUUUCAGUCAGCAAGGCGCAUGCUUUCCGCAUAAAGAAAAUCAUAUAGUCCUGCAUGCCUUAGAAUUCAUGAAAUUUUGCAAUAGAUCUGGACUGUGUUGUACAUUGCAUGAGCAACAGUGGUAAACAGACAUGUGCUGUCCUGUGUGCAUAGACAUCCCGCGGUCUUAAAAUUCCAUGAUUAGAAACUUUUUUAAAACCUAAACAUACAUUUUCUUUGGGUAUAAAAUAUGAGGAUAAUGUGAUUUUCUAGACGAAAACUUAUUUUAUGCACAUUUUCUAUAAAAUGUAUUUGAAUUUAUAUUACCGUCGGAAAUCCAUACAAAAAUUCCUGCUAUAUAAGUAGUCAUUUUUUACUAAGUUCGGCUUCUGCAGGAGGUCAAAUGGGAGUGCAUCCAAAAGCCUACAUCCUGCGGAGCCCGAAAAUUUAUAGGAUUAUGCCGCACGCCAAUCAAUAUAACAACCCCUUCUAAUCGAAAACGCAUUUCAGAAUUUCAGCCAGCAUUUCAUGAGAUCGGUCACGCACUGUAUGUUUGAGGGUUAUUUAAAGCACAUACGUUACUAGGGAGACUAAGCUACGUUCACCGUUUCAAGCAGGUGGAAGAUGAAAAAUAUGGGACAUUGACAACGGGGUUGACCAGCUGCAAGCGACGUCAUGCAUAGCGAAGGAGCGAUUGCGCGUUACAACAAGACACAGUUUUGGGCCCGUCGCACAGUAAUAUAAAGAAGCAAUUAUUAACCGUCAGUAUCGUUCAACAAGAUAUGAUGCACUGGACCAACAAGUGGGGCCACAUCGGAUUCUGGCAGGCGUGAUCUGAAUGCUCACCAUAACAAACUCCAACACUUUGGGGGUGCGGUGGCAGACACAAUUGCCAGCAAACGUAGUGCACACUGGACCUCUUGCGCUCCCCAGCGCUUUUGUUGGUUAAAAAAAUAGUCGUUUGCUGUGUGGGCCUAGGAGUUUGAAAUGGAACGCCAAAGUGCGGGCUCGACCGCGCCAUCUACCUGCGCCCCCCCCCCCCCUUCGCCUCCGGUCUUCUUGACUCUGUCUUGACACGGGGUUUCAAGUGGGGGGAGUGGAGAGUGAAGUGGAUGCUCUACAAGUCUGCAUUUACUAUGAACUAAUCCACGCACAAGUCACCGUCCCUGCUCCACCUUGCUGUGGGACACACUGUGGGCAUCGUCGACAGCGACGGUCGAACUGCAGUGGGAUUGUAUUUAAGGUGAGGAAUGUCGAGUUGGCGGAAUGGCGCGAAAAUGCAAGUUCUUGACAUUGUUGCACCGCACAGAAUCUAGGAGGAACUUGACAUAAUCCAAUCGACUUCUAUUUUGCUUUAAAAUUCUUUGGACAUUGUUUAUAAUACGUCAUUCGUUUUCUAUUAUCCCUAUGUUUUGUAUAAUGUUAUUUUUAGACGAAAUGUUUGUUUUCAGUUCUCUACAUCAGUAUCAGUAUCAGUGUAUUUCAGGGAAUGUAGGUGUGUACUUUUGAAAUCCCUAUUGGUUACAUGCAGAGGAAGUAAAUGGAGAAAAUGUAAAGGAAGUAACAUGAAAGAAAUACAAGGGGAAUAACAAAAACUGUACAGACGAACACAGAAUUCGUGCUUUAACAGAAUUUAGAGGCACAUGAACUCAGUUUGUUGAUUACAAGCAGCAGACUGUUGAAGCACACUUAAAAUGCAGGAAAAGAAGUGCGUGCAGCAGUGUGCGGCGUGGCCCAAAUCAAAUUACAUAAGCACAUGUUACUUAAAUGUUGGUAGUAACAUAGCACAAAACUGGCAACGUUGGCUAUCAAGGCGACCGUAGUCCGGCGUUAUUGUGGUGCGCGCUGCAAUGUUGAUCUAGCCUCCGUUUAAAAGUGUCUACGGAUCCCGACAUAACAACAUCCUCAGGCAGGGCAUUCCAAGCUGCAACCACUCUGUUGGAGAAGAAGAACCUUCGUGUGACUAGCCGGGCACCAGUCACACACAGUUUGAGUGGAUGGCCUCUCAGAUUAGUCGUAGUCGCCAACUCGAAGAAGUCUCCAGAUGCGAGGCAGCAGCCCUGAUUGCGCACGAUGCGGAAAGCUUGUAUUAGGUCCCCAAGUAGCUGUCUGUAACUCAAAGGAAAGAGGUCAAGAUUAGCUAAUCGUGUUUCGUAGGGUAGUGACCACUGCCCAGAUACAAGUUUUGUUGCUUGCCGUUGAACUUUUCGAGUAUGCCGAAGUCUUUAGCGGUCCAGGGUCUCCAUGAUUGGAUAGCAAAUCCCAGAUGAGGUCGCACAAAAGUUUGAAAGACCUUGGCGAAGCAGUCUUCAUCAAAGUAGGAGAACGCCAGUUUGACUAGGUAUAGAAUGGACGUAGCCGACUUGGCUACCUUUGAGCAUUGCAGCGAAGAAUUAAGCGAGGUUGCGAUCUAUACACCCAAGUCCAUGCUGGGAAUCGGAAAGCAGAUGGUUUUGCUCAAAGAAAUGCAUUACUUGUCGAUUUAUUAUCUUUUCCAUAAUCUUACAGCAAAUGGAGGUGAGGCUGACAGGUCUGUAAUUGUUCGCAGACACCCGACUUCCGCCCUUGUACAACGGCGUAAUCCACGCCGACUUCCAGUCGGGUGGCAGAUAUCCGGUCUUGGAGGAUGUAUGGAAAAGCAUGGAGAGUGGUUUAGCCAACUCACCAGCGAGUUCCUUCGAAAUCUUCGACGGAGUCUCAUCGGGACCUGGUGAUUUGGAUUCCUUUAGCCUCAGGAACUCUGUCAGAACCAUACCCUCGGUGAACUGAACGGCCUCCAUAAUUGUGGUGUCUUCGAAGUGUUGAAGGGCCGAAGGGUCGAAUCCUGUCUCGCUAUUAAAAGCAGACCAAAAAAAUUCUGAAAAGUGAUCAGCUUUCGGUCUGUCUUCAGUGAGAUGUUCGCCUUCAGCAGUCUUUAUCAGUGGUAUUGGGUCCUUGUUCCGCGUGCACUGCCUUAUGUAACCGUACCAGAUUUCGUCAUCCGUUUGAAUUCUUAAAUGAUUUGGCUUUCCGACACUAAUACCGGGGACCGUGGCUAUCCGCAAGUUCUCCUAGCGGCUAACUACUUUGCCUAGACCGAUUCUCAGCGUCAAUUAUGGAGUGGGACGUAGUUGCGCUUGCUGAUUGAAUGGGGACCGGAAAAUCAUGAAUCGAGCGGUUGUCGUCUCUAUCAAGAAUUUUUGUUUGUCAAACUCGAAUGUGUGGUUCGGUCCCAUCGAAUGAAUCACGACUUGGGAGUUAGCGUCGUUCCUUUCAACUACUGCCGCAUGUUCGGCCAACCGCGUCCCGACUAGUCUCCCGGUUACUCUGACAUAGAUACUUUGCUUACUACUUCAUCAGAUUCAGUUAUUGACUUUUAAAUGUUUCCUGCCGUGGCUGCGUGAGAUUUGUUUACAACCCUGACAGUAUCUAGUGGAGUUGUAACGCAAUAAGGUUUUACCUAAUGUUUCUAAAUAGUUCCAUUCUUUCCUUGCAGGCAGACAGCCAGUGAAUGUCCUGGCUGGCCCGACCGAAACCGACACCGACGAGUCGGAGGCUUUGAACGGGGUGGAGGAAAGAGCGCGCUGGACUUAAAGUUGUGACCAAGACGAGAAUAAACGCGUUUCGAGCUACUCACUUCUUUUCCCGUCGUCGCUCAUUUGAAUGUCGUUGCCUGGUGCUCGCUGUUGCCAUUAGUUCCGCCUGCCUUGUAAUUCCCUCUUAGGGGCUAGUCUGACCUCCGACAUCAACCCACGUUAUAUUGGCGGCAGCGGUAGGAUCAUGGCCGCUAAAGAUGAUGAUAACACCCGCUCUUCCCCUUUUGAGCCGCCUACUUCUAAUCCUGGGGCAUCGGAACCACCCAUCAUAACUUCGUAUGUUUCCUCGAAGGCAAAUACCGAGGCGGAUUUAGCUCGACCCCCUCUCCGACCUCCCAAUCCCUUCCAUCCGGGCGACGAUUUCUCUCUCUGGGCCUUUCGUGCCCAAAAUUUUCUUCGCACCGUCCCUUCCAAACAUGUCGGGUCGUACCUAGUCUCGCUUCUGGACGAUUCGGCAGCGUGA